AUGGAUACGUCCCACUUUGUGUCUGGAGUGGCAAGGAUCAGCAGAAGAGUGUGUGUGUUGAUGAUAACAGGAUCUUGGAUAAUGGGCUCUGUCAACUCCUGUGCCCACACCACGUAUGCCCUCCACAUCCCUUACUGCAGGUCCAGGGCCAUCAAUCACUUCUUCUGUGAUGUCCCAGCCAUGCUGACUCUGGCCUGCAUGGACACGUGGGUCUAUGAGUACACCGUGUUUGUGUGUAGCACCCUAUUCCUUGUGCUGCCUUUUGUCAUUAUUGCAUGUUCCUACGGCUGCGUUCUCCUUGCUGUCCACCGCAUGCGCUCAGCAGAAGGGAGGAAGAAGGCCUUUUCAACCUGCAGCACCCACCUCACUGUGGUGACUUUCUAUUAUGUGCCCUUUGCUUACACUUACCUGCGCCCAAGAUCCCUUCGAUCUCCAGCAGAGGACAAAGCUCUGGCUGUCUUCUACACCGUCCUGAUCCCAAUGCUCAAUCCUAUUAUCUAUAGCCUGAGAAACAAGGAGGUGAUGGGGGCCUUGAGAAGAGUAAUUCAGAGAAUCUGCUCUGUGAAUAUGUAG